AUUUCUACAGAAUUGUAAGUGAUGAGUGAUAUUGACGUGAUUGCAAGAUAUAUAACUGGAUUUAGACAAAAUUGACAAAAAUGAUUCCUCAUAUUAACGAGUCCCAAAAUGAUUUUGACGAAAUAGACUUAAAAUACCAGCAUCAAGUGAAGAAGGUGAAAUGGCAUCAUCGUAUUUUAUUGAACAGACCACUAAAAGUCAUUGUUGUACUUUCGCUUGUUGCUGUAGUAGCACCUUUACUAGUAUAUCAGUUUUGCUUCUUUACUAGUAUAAGUCUUCCACCCUCUGAUGGUUAUUCUGUGGGUUCUUGCUUGAUUCCAAGAACGAUGAGACUAGCUUGUGGCGUAGGGUCUAUGUCAGAAGAAGAAUGUCAUCCUCACUGUUGCUAUGACCGCAAUUUGAACAUGUGCUUCCAUCGUCUUCCCUCAAGGUUCUCCUACAUAAUGAACCAGCCCUGGAAUGAAAAUACUAUAUUACAGCCUAGAAUAGCAACUGUGCCAUAUUCAUUUCAAAACAGUAGAACGAAAAUAAAAUUAUCUAUAGACGAAGUAUCUGCUACGCAUAUGACUCUAACAAUCUACGAUUCAAGAAAUAUGUCUUUUGUUGGAAAUAGAAUAUAUAAUAAGGAUUAUACGUACGAAAUUUCAUCGCCAGAACUUAAUAUUGUUGUUAAUGCAACACAAGGAACUAUAUUCGAUACUUCAAGAGGACCUCUAAUAGCAUCGGAUAAUAUUUGGGAGAUAUCAUUCAAAUUGACAAAUGAGACAAUGUACGGAUUUGGAGAAAUACCGUUAAAACUAGAUACGACAAAAAUUAUUUACAGUCGCGAUUCGGAGCUCAAUUCCAUUCCAUUAAUAUUUUCUAAAGUAAAUGGAAGUUUUCACGGUUUAUUGGUUGACAUCAAUGAUCCCACAGAAAUAUAUAUAAGACCUGACAAACAAAUCGUGGUCAGGAGUAUAACAAAUUUUGGUUUCAAACUACAUUUAUUUACGGGUCCUAAACCACAAAAAAUUAUGCAAGACGUCAUGAAAAUAACAGGUCGUAACAAAAAUUGGGAGUACUGGACGUUAGGAAUCCAUAUAUGCAAUGAAGUUCCUGGAUUGAAUUUGACUGAUUUUAUUUCUGCCGCAAGGGCAAUGCCCUACGAUAGCCACUGUGGCAACAGACCAAUAGUGUUCAAUAGCAAUCAGUGUAAAGAUAGUGAAAUAAGUAACAUUAAUACUGUAAACGAAGGUGCAAACUUAGUUAGAUCAGCGUCCAAGAAAUUCGUUCCACACGUCUCACCUUAUAUUCGCUAUAUUGAAGAAGAUAAUAAUGAAAUAAUAAAUGCAACAACUACACAAGCAGUCAACGAAGUAAUAGAGAGUUGCAAAAUUAUACCCAAAUUUGAAGAUUUAAUGUAUCAUUUAGAUAAUUUCGAGUUAUACAAAGGAAACAUAGAUGGUUACGAUGUAGUAUAUCCAGAAUAUGAUCUGAAUUCAACUGAGUUGCUGGAUAAUUUAUGGGCAUACGAUACAGAAUUCGAUGGCCUCGUAUUAGAAAACAAUUGGCCGCUAGAUGUCGCUAAUAAAACCUUUAAUGGAACGGAUUUACUUUUGCCAUAUUUUAAUAAAAAUUUUGAAGAAGCUUUUGAACACACUCCACAAUGGAACUUAACACUUGUAAAUAGUACUAGUUUGUACUUAUUCAAACAUAAUCAAUAUGGAAACAGUUUCGCCAGUGCUUUCAGAAAAAAAGUUAUUAAUAAACCCAUUUCAUCGAGCAGUUUAUUCUUGAAUGGUCGCUUCGCAGUAAACAGACAAAACGUCAAUACUUCGUGGACCGAUCUCCAUAAAGAACUAAUGGCAAUUGCUUUAGGAGGAAUAUCGGGAUCCUGGCUUUGGUCAUCGCCAAUCUGCGGUGAUACUAAUAAUUUCAAUCCAGACAAUCACGCAAAUCUUUGUGUUAAAUGGUACUUGGCAGCGACUUAUUUACCGUUAAUUAAAAUUCAUUCAAAAGACACUCCGAGACAUCCAUUAGCGUUUAACGGUACUCGCAGAGCUAUCAUUACCGGGGCAUUAAAUCGAAGGUUGGGUUUAUUACCUUACUACUAUACCACGCUUCAAGAGGGACCCCUACUUCGACCGAUGUUCUAUCAAUUUCCUGAAUCAAAGUCGUUGCAUGAUAUAAAUACCCAAUUUAGCGUUGGAGAAAGUUUGAUCAUGAUUCCUAAUUUGCAACCUUUCCAAAGUCACGUUCAUAUGUGGUUGCCUCCUGGUACUUGGUACGAACUUUGGAGUGGUCUCAAGUUAAAAGGCAAAGAAGGUGAUCCAGUAACUCUAGCAACAAAUGAAGGUGAUUUUUUUACGGCUAUUAGAGGUGGCUCUAUAUUGUUUAUAAAGAAGGAAGCUACUUUGACGGCUGAAGAUACGAGAUUGACCAUCCCAUUUUCAACUAUAAUUGCUUUAGAAUGCAUCAACGGAAAUGAAAAUUGUCAUGCAUCUGGUAAACUCUAUGUGACACCCAACAUGACAUUAUUUUUUGAAGCUACUGAAAGAAAUUUAACGUUAACGGCGGAAGGACAUGAUUUUGAUCCAAUUUGCGAUUGGUUCGGCGGAUCGUGGACUCCAGAUCUAGAAUUCUUUUACAUCUACGGUUUAGCUGAUGAACACAACAAUUACGAUAACUACAGAUAUGUAUCAAAAUUUACUGAUUUGUGCUUUUUGAUGAAUGAUGACGAAUUGGUUGUUGACUUUUUAUCUUAAAACGUUUUUUAUUUUAUUUUAUAAUGUGUGUACUUUAUAUGUUGUGUUAUAUUAAACAGCUGUAACUGAUUUUGAAUUUUUUGCAAGCUUAAAUAUAAUUUUACUUUAUAUUUUUA